AAAGCUCCAAACUAUACACAGCAUGCAGUUUGCCAGCAGAGAUGAAUUGGAACAAUGGAAAGAUCUCCUAGAGAAGAAACUUUCAACUUUACAGCCUACUCUGGAAAUCAGUCAUUUGGAAAAGAAAUUAGAACAGCUAGAGAAAUCAGAAAAGAAAACGGGUGAGCAGUUGAAAGCGGAGAUCAAAAACAGUCUGGGGGCAACUGAGAUGCUAUUGGAUGAGAAGUUAGGAAGUGUCCAAACACAGUUAGAAGCCUGGCUACAAAAUCCCCUCUCGGGUCUAGAAACACAGAUUAAACACCUAACUAAUCAGUUGUCCUCCAUGGAUCAAAAAGUGUCCCAGGAAAUAGAAAAAAAGCUCCAAACUAUACACAGCAUGCAGUUUGCCAGCAGAGAUGAAUUGAAACAAUGGCAAAAUCUCCUAAGGAAGAAACUUUCAACUUCACAGCCCACUCUGGAAAUCAGUCAUUUGGAAAAGAAAUUAGAACAGCUAGAGAAAUCAGAUGCUGUUCGAAAUCGUAGAAAUACAAAUUCCAAUGCUCCUGAUCCUGUUCCAAAUCUUAUAAAUGCAAAUUCCAGUGCUCCUGAUCCUGUUCCAAAUCCUACAAAUGCAAAUUCCAGUACUCCUGACUGGAUGCAGAUACUAAAUUUUAUAGUAGCUGGCCUUACUUUCAUCACAUCUGCCAUCAUCCUGUUUAACCAAUGCAGACGGGAAUGUCGUGGACAUCCCAGGGGAUUGGGUGAUCAUGAAAGAGAGCCAAACACUCAUGAAAACAAGCAACUGAAGAAUGAAAAAGACAAGCUGGAGAAAGAGAACGUCAAACUUGGGUUACAGAACGAGCAACUGAAGAAUGAAAAAGACAAGCUGGAGAAAGAGAACGUCAAACUUGGGUUACAGAACGAGCAACUGAAGAAUGAAAAAGACAAGCUGGAGAAAGAGAACGUCAAGCUUGGGUUACAGAACGAGACACUUGAGAAAGAGAAUGAGAAGCUUGAGAAAGAGAAUGAGAAUCUCCGGAGGGAAUAUGCAUGGAGAAAGGCUUGCUGUAAAAGAGAUGUCAUCACUCUUGAUGCAGGAACAGCCCACCCCAAUCUCUCCAUUGCUGAGGAUAAGAAGAGUUUUAAACAUGAAGCCCAACCUCGGCAAGUUCCACCAAAUCCACAGAGGUUCGAUUCAACUGUCUGUGUGUUGGGCUCUGAAGGAUUCUCCUCUGGAGAGCACUACUGGGAGGUGGAUGUUGGGAGUAGCACUGACUGGGACCUGGGAGUGGCCAGAAAAUCCAUACAGAGAAAAGGAAAACUUUCCUUGUCCCCUAAAGAGGGAUUCUGGGCUCUGGGUCUGAGUGGUAAAGAUUACUGGGCAAAAACUGAUCCAUGGACCCGGGUCAUGGUGCAGAAAAAGCCCAAGAUAAUUGGAGUUUACCUUAAUUACCAGCAGCGGGAGGUGACCUUUUUCAAUGUAAAUGACAUGUCUGUGAUGUUCACAUUUAAUGAUUUGUCAGUCCCAGUAGACCUUUAUCCAUUCUUUAAAAAUUCACAGAAAGAAACAACAAUGGGAAUUUGUUCAUAAUUUUAAAAUGGUAGUGAUGCUUAGUUUUGUUAACCAAACUAAUCCAAAGCGCCAUGAUACAUCAUGGCACUGUUGACCCAACUGAAUGAAAGUAACAGAAUGCUUUGCAGCCAGAAGAAAGGUGAACUGGGAAAAAAUUGCCAGUGAAAUUAUAGUUACAUACAGUGCUAAUGUUUCAGGGGUGGCUCCCCAUAUAAGAAAUUGAAUGGAAUCUAUCAAAUUGAGCUCUCACAAACAGAACUUUUAACUAGGAGUAUAAUUUUUUUCAUUGCUAUCUACUAGUUUAUUUGGAUUACAUGUAUUAGCAGCUAAGAGUGAGCAAAUAAAAUUCUAUAUUAUACCAGUAUAUCUGUGCUAAUUGUAUAACCAAUCUUCAAGUCAGGUAUAAAUAGAGGUGGGGUAUGCAUACAAUCUUGAGAAAGUUUAACCAGCUACACUAAUGUCUUCAGGAUGGGUUGGGAACAAAUUGACUUUUCCUUGCUGUAUAUUGCUGUAUUAAUCUUUGCUUAAUAUUUUUGAUGAAUAAAAGUUGAUUGAGCCUUGUUAUUUGACAUCUCAUAUUAUUAACUUAUAUAAAAUCCAUAACAAUUUAUACUGAUAUAUAAUUUGAGGGGAGCAAGAAGUGCUGUUUACUGUUUGAGGGGCCAUCUUAUCUGUAUGUUUUCCAUCAAAAAAAGUUUUCAACCACUUGAUAAAUACUGAUUCUGUGAAACCUUUUAAUAAUAUGAUGUUUCUGACACAGAAUGUGAGUAUUUGAAUGAGGAAAAAGCAGCAUUGUUUCACAAUAUCACUGGUUGGCAUUGACGUAGGAAAUGAAGUAACACCAAGCUUAUUCCUAAUUUAAUUUCAGUAUAUUUCUGUACAAUAGAGGGACCAGAUUGAUGUCUGACUGAUAACUAUCAUUGAGUUCUGUAUUCAACUGAAUACAUCUCUCUGUGUAUGCCCCUCCAUGCACCAGCAGGGAUCACAGGAGAUCAGCUACAACCAGCAUCAGCC